GUAUCUCUAGAUGCUGAUCGUCCUGUGGUAUCGGCCUGUCGUAAAACGAGUUUCUUUCAACACCAUCACCACCACAAUCACUUGACACAUCAACAACAGCAGCAGCAGUUGCAACAGCCACCCGCGAACCAGGCCACAGCCCUCACAUCCGGCAACAACUCGCAUCAUCAUCACCAUCACUAUCCACGCUCCCAUCAUCUACAUCAUAAUCAUCACAACAACAGUCUGCACGGCGGCAGCGGCAGUCAACGUGUCUCCCACAUAUCCCAUUCGUCGAAUAAUGUUUUACGUGCCCGGCGAGGCGUUGUCCGGAUGUUGAUUAUCUUUGUCUUGACAUUUGCUUUGUGCAAUUUACCAUAUCAUGCCAGGAAGAUGUGGCAAUACUGGUCUCGUUCAUAUCGUGGCGAUUCGAAUUUUAAUGCUUUACUAACGCCCCUUACCUUUCUCGUUACGUACUUCAAUUCGGGCAUCAAUCCCCUGCUGUAUGCGUUUUUGAGCCGCAACUUCCGCAAAGGUAUGAAGGAACUGCUGAUGUGCUCGUGGCGUAAAAGUAAAACAAAAUCAUCAACAAAUUCAUCGAUGCAUCACAAACGACAGGCAUUACAGACCCAUUCCCUGCCAACAGAUACCACACACAUUGGCAACGAUCAGCUAUGAUGACCUCUGUUUCGCUGGCAAAGGAAAUUUUUUGGUGAAAAGACUUAAAGUCAUUCCAUCCCCC